AUGGGGCCCCCGGGCAAUAGGGAAUCAUGGGGCCCGUGUCCUUGCCCAAACUCAAAAAACGCCUAUGAAAAAGGUACCAGGGGCAUCUCAUGGGGCCCCCUACUGACCCCAGGCCCUCGGGCAGUGCCCGAGUGGCUAAAUGGUCAGUCCGCCCCUGUUCCAGACUGUUUUAGAGAAAUACAGAGAGUAGAAGCAGAGACAGCAGUAUGUGUUGAAAUUAGCUGAGGUGCGUGAUGCUCAUUAACAUAUCUUUUGUUUUCAAGGGUGGAAGAGGUCUGAGGUGUGAAUUGGUCAUUACAAUGUGUGACAAGCU